AUGUUCCUCUUACUGCUCUUUCUGUUGGUCAUUGGUACAGAACUGGCUGGUCCACCAGAAGGUCCCCAAUGGGGGAAUGGAAAGUCCACAAGUCUCAUGCCAGGCCCUUCUGAUUUGUACAAGGUCGCUCCCCACUGCGCAGGUACAGCCUGGUCCCUCAUCGCUCCCCAGUGCCCAGCUACAGCCCGGUCCCCCAUCGCUCCCCAGUGCGCAGCAAUUGAAAAAUCCCUCGGAUCUGCCACCCUCAGUGGGGGUCCAGUGCGGGAUACUUUGUACCAACUACAGCAACUUCACUUCCACUUUGGAUGUUCAUCAUUCCAAGGCUCAGAACACACAGUGUCUGGAAGUUCGUAUCCUGUUGAGGUACAUUUUGUGUUUUAUAACACAAUUUAUACAGAUUUUGCAAGGGUUGCGGACAAGGCUGAUGGACUCACCGUUGUUGGUGCAUUUUUAAGUUCGAAGCCGAAUGGAGUUCUGGGAAGACUGCGAAUCAAAUUUGAAAUGAUCGUCGCUGAAGGGAAAAGUGUCCCAGUGAUAGAAGCAGACGAAAUAUUUUUAAAGGAUCUUGUACCCGCUUUAAACAAUGGCUCGCCAUACUACACUUACCAAGGAUCCCUUACCACCCCUCCCUGCUUCCAAUCUGUGCUAUGGAUUGUGCUGACAGAAACUGCACCAUUCAAUUCAACCCAGCUUAUUGCGUUUAAUCGGCUCCUGUCUCCAACUGGUUACAGUGAUAGGAAGAUGUGCAACAACUUCAGACCAGUACAACCAAGGUGUUGCCGAGACUUCAACUCAACAUCAUUUGUGUUUUUUACCAUAAUUCAUUCCAAAAGUUCUGCCAGUUUUACGAAGCCAGAAUUCCUAACGACUAAAAAACCAUGUGCUCUCAUCCGAGUCACAAAGUUUCUUACUUAG